ACUAGCAGCUGUUACGCGAUAUAAAAUUAAGAAAUUUUAAAAAAUCAAUGAAAAAUAGAAAAUAAGCGGUAAAAAAUGCUUAGAAUCUGUCAUCUGAGUCGACUGGCGCAUACCCUGCACCCCUGCCGAGUUGUCACGCACUGCCAACAGCCGCCGGCGACAUGGCGAGACUUCCAUGUGAGCGCGGCGCUCUUGAAACGCCGGAAAACAGCCGAGGAGAAGAAAUCCCCCAGAAUCAUAGAGUACUCCCCCAAGAAGGCGCAGGAAGUGGCCUCGGACAUCUGGCGGCACAUGAGCGUGGCCCAAUUGGCCAAGGAGCUGGAGAGACCCCUGGAUGACGUCCAGGAGGCCAUGCUGUAUGUCAAGGGCGCCGACAACAUAGAGGCUUCCGCCAAGCUGUCCGACCUCAAGAUCAUCCAGGAAAUAGCCAAGAAGCUGGGGACCAAGACCCGCGUGGUGGCCACCCCAGAGACGGUCAACGAGGACGAUCAGCGGGAGCGCGAUGCGGCCCCUCGGCCACCUGCCCCGCCAGAGUUACUCAAACCCCGCCCACCAGUGGUCACUGUAAUGGGUCACGUGGAUCAUGGCAAGACCACGCUGCUGGACUCCCUGCGCGGCGCUGAUGUGGCUGGCGGUGAGGCGGGCGGCAUAACCCAGCACAUAGGCGCUUUUACUGUAACCCUGGAGAACGGCGAGCGGGUCACUUUCCUGGACACCCCAGGACACGCCGCCUUCAGUGCGAUGAGAGCUCGUGGUGCCGUGGCCACGGAUAUUAUUGUCCUGGUGGUGGCCGCCGAGGAUGGCGUCAUGGCGCAAACGAGGGAGGUCAUCCAGCUGGCCAAGGAGGCUCAGGUGCCCAUCAUUGUGGCACUCAACAAAAUCGACAAGCCCGAGGCGAAUAUUGAAAAAAGCAAGCGAGAGCUGGCCCAAAUGGGAUUGGCUCUAGAGGAGCAUGGCGGCGAUGUCCAAGUGAUACCCAUUUCCGCCUUGAAGGGCACCAACCUGCAGCUACUGGCCGAGGCAGUCAGCACCCAGGCCACUCUGAUGGGACUGAGAUCAGAUCCCACAGGUCUGGUCGAGGGAAUCGUGGUGGAGUCCAAGACCGAUCCACGACGUGGCAAGCUCUCCACAGCCAUCGUCUCCCGCGGCACUCUACGCAAAGGUUCCGUGCUGGUAAGCGGCCUUUCGCAUGCCAAGGUGCGCGGUCUCUUCGAUCAUAAUGGUCAGCCUCUAAGCGAGGCACCGCCAGGCACUCCCGUGGAAAUACUGGGCUGGCGCGAACUGCCCUUGGCUGGCGAUCUCAUACUCGAGGUGGAAACGGAGAAAAAAGCCCAUGCCGUGCUCAAGUUUCGCGAGCACGAGGCUCAGCGCGAGAAGAUCGAGUCAAGCAGCGAUGAUAUUCGCAGAAAAGAGGAGGAGCACCAGGCCAAGUACCGGGCGGAGCGAGAGGCUCGCCGUCUGGCAGGACGCUUUCGGGUGCGCGGUGGCCAGCGGGUCAAGCAGGUGGAUGAGAACGACGGCAAGCCAAGGGUCAGUGUCAUUAUCAAGGGCGAUGUCCAUGGUUCGGUAGAGGCCAUUCUAGAUGUCCUCGAGACGUACAGCAGCAACGACCGCUGUCGCCUGGACAUUGUGCACUAUGGCGUGGGCAACGUCACCGAGGGCGAUCUCGAGCUGGCCAAGGCCUUUGAUGCCAUUAUCUAUGCCUUUGCGGUGGAGGUUCCACAGCCUAAGGCAGCCAAAGAUGUGAAUGUGCGGAGCUACAAUAUCAUUUACCGUCUGAUUGAUGACCUGAAGGAGCAGCUGAGCAGCAAGCUGCCGCCGGUGGAGGUGGAAGAGGUGCUGGGCGAGGCCAAUGUCCUGCAGAACUUCCUCAUCAACGAGGGACGCAAAGAGGUGCCUGUGGCCGGCUGUCGCUGCACCAAGGGAUUGCUGAAGAAGGCCCAGAAGUUCCGCUUGCUGCGCGAUGGAGAAACCGUCUACGAUGGUCCCCUGGAAUCCAUGAGACACCUUAAAAACGAGGUGGACACAAUAAAGAAAGAUGUGGAGUGUGGUCUCCGCUUUAGAGACACCAAAGUGCUGCCCCAGCCCGGUGACAUCCUGCAGUGCUACACCACGCACAUGGAGGCCCAGCAAACGGACUGGGAUCCAGGUUUCUAGCUUGAACAACUGCCUCUCUGCCUCCGUUAUCGCCUUUGUAUAUUGUAUCUAUAGUUUUCUAUUAAAUACUUACUGUUU